AUGUUGUUUUUGAUAGCUCUCCAUUUUCAUAAUAAUCAGACAUCUUCUAUUAGUGAAUUAGUUUGUAAUACAUUAGGUAUGAAGUGUCAAGUAAAAGCCAAUGCUUUGUCUCGAAUACGCCAUAUUUUUACUCAAGAAAUAUUUACUGAACAGGUAAUAGCAUCUCAUGCUAUAAGUAUACCAGUUACUGAGAGUUUAAAUGGAGAUAUGGCUGGUUAUUUACCUAUACAUAUUAUAUUCCAACUUUUAAAAAGUCGUGUAUUUUCUAGAUAUAAAGUUCCAAUCAAGGAUUGGAUUUAUAAACAAAUGUGUAGUAGUUGUUUACCAUUACACCCUCUCCUACCUCUAUUAAUAGAGUCCUACGUGAAUUCUAUUAUUGUUAAAGGUAUCAAAUCAGACAAUGUAAAUCAAGCUAUCAGCGAAAAGGAAUUAUUAGAAGUAUUUGAUGCUCCUGCUAAUAGAAAAGAUAUCAGUGGACGACAGUCUCCUACUAUUAUACUAUCAGAGAAAAAAGAUGUAGGCUGUCAAAUACUUGUUUUAUAUUAUUUGUUGUUGUUUGAAGAUACUUUAUUAAAUAAUAUGAAAUCUAUAG